GACUUGUCCUCGCGGAUAUUAUCGAAAAAUACUUUGUGUCCCCCACUCUCUUCAGGGUCAUCCGAUUGGCCAGAAUUGGGCGUGUUCUUCGGUUGAUCAGAGGAGCAAAAGGCAUCCGAACUCUGCUCUUUGCCCUGAUGAUGUCUCUGCCAGCAUUAUUCAACAUUGGCCUCCUUCUAUUUCUGGUUAUGUUCAUUUAUUCCAUUUUUGGAAUGUCAAACUUUGCUUAUGUAAGGAAGGAAUCUGGCAUUGAUGACAUUUUCAACUUUGAGACGUUUGGUAACAGCAUCAUCUGUCUUUUUGAGAUCACCACAUCAGCUGGUUGGGAUGGCUUACUGAACCCCAUCUUAAACAGCGUUCCGCCAGAUUGUGAUCCUCAUCUGGAGAACCCUGGUAGUCACGUGAAAGGUGAUUGUGGCAACCCUUCUAUGGGCAUCUGCUUUUUUUGCAGUUAUAUCAUUGUUUCUUUCUUGAUUGUGGUUAAUAUGUACAUUGCCAUCAUUUUAGAGAAUUUUAAUGUAGCCACAGAGGAGAGCAGUGAGCCUCUCUGUGAAGAUGACUUUGAAAUGUUCUAUGAAACAUGGGAGAAGUUUGACCCUGAUGCCACACAAUUUAUUGCUUACGACACACUUUCUGAUUUUGUGGAUACCCUUCAAGAGCCUCUGCGAAUUGCUAAACCAAAUAAAAUCAAACUGAUCACUAUGGACUUGCCUAUGGUUCCUGGAGAUAAAAUACAUUGCUUGGACAUUCUCUUUGCCUUGACAAAAGAAGUUUUAGGAGAUUCUGGAGAAAUGGAUUCCCUGAAGGAAUCAAUGGAGGAGAAAUUUAUGGCUGCAAAUCCCUCCAAAGUAUCUUAUGAGCCCAUUACCACAACACUAAAACGAAAACAGGAGGAAGUCUGUGCCAUCAAAAUCCAAAGAGCAUUCCGUAGAUAUCUGUUAAAACGAUCAGUGAAACAGGCCUCAUAUCUGUAUAGGCAGAGUCAAGAUAUGGACACACCGAAAGACGAUGCACCAGAGAAAGAAGGAAUGAUUGCGGACAAAAUGAAUGCAAUGUAUGGCUCACAAGUAGAAGUGGAAAAGUCCCCAGAAACAGCUCCAUCUCUUGUACUUGAACCAAUAAGCAGCCCCAAGAUUAAAAAGGAUUCUGAUGCAAUGAAAGAGAAGGACAAUAAUGGCAAGAAGGGAGAUGACUCUGGAAAAACUAAAAAAAGUGAAAAUGCCAAACGUAAUGUAAAAGAGUCAUCUGUAUAAUGAAUACACAUAUAGACAACAAAUGUUGGUGUAUGGUUCCAAAUGACCUUUUUCACAAAAUCAUUUUGGCAUCUUCUAUUUUAGUACUCAAACAAGGUUCUUUUGCCAGAUUUUAGGUACUUCAUACCA